ACAGCAACUUGAACUUCCUGCUCCGCGAGAGGCCCAGCAGCGUUGGGGUUUAUGCCAGUAUUUUAAAUUAUACGAUUCAUUUGCAGUUACGGUGCCAAGACGAGCGGGCGACUCAGCGUAGCCGCACCGUACAGAGUAGAGAAGUUUAAGAAACAGAACUGUGUCUGUGUGGGCGGCGCUGAGCGAGCGCGCAGAAACGGAGUGAAACACGGUAAAAAUACACGGAGACACAGCGUUGUCGGUGGGUCGGAGGCUGGAACCGCGGAGAAUGCGAGAAGAGAACGGUAGAUAAUCGAUGAUCCGUACGUCAUUAUUAUAUUACAUAUACUGUGUACAAACUAGUGUGUAAGAGCGGGAAGAGCUCGCAUCGGCGAGCGAGAGGAAUGUGCUGGACGGAUGGAGCGGGAUACCACGCUCUCGUCUCGUGCAGCCGCGUGACCGCGUGAAGACCGUGGAGCGAACGCGGAUCGUGAGCCCGAGUGUUUCCUCGCGCAGCGCCGCUCACACAUGCAGAGAGGAGCGGAGAGCCGCGGGCUUUCGGGGCCGGAGCUGCAAAAAAAAAGUUCCUUCUCCCUCUUCCCGCUGACAAAUGGCUGGCCUUUGCAGGGGAAGAAGCGGAAGCAGAGGAAGAGAGAUGCAGACUCGCUCAGCCUGUGCAGUCUGGACAUCAAUGAGCCCAGCAACAAGCGGGCAAAGCCCCUUUCGCGAGUCACAUCAUUGGCCAACCUGAUCCCUCCUGUGAAGUCGGCACCACUGAAACGCAUUGGACAGACACUGCAGCGCUCCAUCAGUUUCCGCAGUGAAAGCCGCACUGAUAUUCUGCCACCUAGGCCAUGGAGCCGGCCUGCACCUCCUGCUGUUGCCAAGCGCCGCGACAGCAAGCUGUGGAGCGAGACCUUCGAUGUACGCUUGGGCCACAUGCUGUCCUCCAAGGAGAUCAAACGGCAGGAGGCCAUCUUCGAGCUUUCUCAAGGGGAACAGGACCUAAUCGAGGACCUGAAGUUGGCAAAGAAGGCCUACCAUGACCCCAUGCUGAAGCUAUCAAUCAUGUCGGAGCAGGAACUCAACCAGAUCUUUGGCACACUGGACUCUCUCAUCCCAUUGCAUGAAGACCUACUGAGUCGACUACGAGAGGCCCGGAAACCGGAUGGUUCCACAGAGCAUGUGGGGCACAUCCUAGUGAACUGGCUGCCCUGCUUGGAUUCAUACAACAGCUACUGUAGUAAUCAGGUGGCAGCAAAGGCACUGCUGGACCACAAAAAGCAGGACCAUCGUGUCCACGACUUCCUGCAACGCUGCCUCGAAUCACCCUUCAGCCGCAAGCUGGACCUGUGGAAUUUCUUGGACAUUCCGCGCAGCCGACUGGUCAAGUACCCCCUACUAUUGCGAGAGAUCCUGAAGCAUACCCCCAAUGACCACCCUGACCGGCAGCACCUGGAAGAAGCAAUCAACAUGAUCCAGGGAAUCGUGGCAGAGAUCAACAUGCAGACAGGCGAGUCAGAGUGCCGCUACUACAAGGAGCGCCUCCUCUACCUUGAGGAGAGCCAGAGAGACCUGCUGAUAGAGAGCUCUCGCGUGUUGAGCUGCCAUGGGGAGCUGAAGAACAACCGAGGGGCGAAGCUCCACGUGUUCCUCUUCCAGGAUGUCCUGGUGAUCACUCGUACUGUCUCGCACAAUGAGCAGCUCUGCUACCAGCUCUACCGGCAGCCCAUCCCUGUGCGCGACCUUGAGUGGGAGGACCUGCCAGAUGGAGAGAUCCGACUUGGGGGCUCCAUCCGUGGCGCCUUCAGCAAUAACGAGAGGACCAAGAACUUCUUCCGGGUGACGUUCCGCAGCAGCGGGCAGCUGCAUUCCCACUGCUUCCAAGCAAGUGAUGCCUUCAACAAGCAACAGUGGCUCAACUGUAUCCGACAGGCCAAGUUAGCAGCAGGAGGCGGAAGCAGCAGCAGUGACCCAGGUCCACCCCACACUCCCCUGCCUUUCUCCAGCGAGGCGACUCCCAGGUUGGAGCGCAUGGACCGGAGUGACAGCGAAACCUCAGACUAUAGCAUGGACACAAGCGAGGCCAGCACUGACUUCCCACAGAUGGAGCACACAGAAUCAAGCAACAGGCCUCCAGAGCUGUGACCUAAGGCCUCCCCAUGGCAAAACCCAUGCAGUAUUGAACCAUGGAAAUCCAACCCCAGGAUGGACUGCAGUACAUGAGAAGCACUUCAUUUUUUUUUUUUUUUAAAUACCCUUCCCUUAUUCUUUCUCACAGUACUCUGUGGUGUUUCUUUCAGAAAGGUAUUGUGUGUGUUCAGUAGUUAGCUCUUGGUCCCCUCAUGAGGAGAUGUGGCAAUGGGGUGUUCAGGAAAGUGCAGUGGAGGCAGUGUUUCUCAUUUCCCACGGUGACCUGAAUGGGGUCUGCUCCAGAGGUUGGCUCUGGGUUUGGUGGGAUAAGCGGCAGGAGUGGAGAUACAGUCUCCGCCUCAUGUUUUGACCACUGAGAUAAGGGAUCACUGUUUCCACUGCGCCAUUACUGUGACUUGCAAAGAAAGAUGACGUGCAGAUAUUGUUUGAAUAUAUGUAUAUUUAUGUAGGGAAUAGAUUAACUAGCGUUUACAGCAACUAUGCCAUUAAAAUGACCAGCAGAAUGUUCAAGACAAUCAGGAAGGAGUUGAAAAUGUUAUGACUGAUACUGGUUAAAGUGUAACACCUUGUAUUGAGCUAAAUUCGGGCCUUCAGUCUUUUCCCAAAGUAUAGCCUACCCUAUUAAAGGGACAGCUACACAUCAAACUGAAUAUGACUUUUCUGAGAACGCAACACACUUCACACAUGCACACACUACAGAGUGGAAUGAAGACAAUGGAGAGGUAAUUGUAUUUUGGUGGUGGUCGCAAUUCACAUGAGAAGCAUUCAGGGAGAAUCCCUUCACGAUGUUUGUCACCUUGGCAGGAAGUAGUUUUGUCCUAUCCAGACCCUUCUAUUGAGUAGGCACUGCAGCACAUUCAGUGACGUUUGAGUCAUGUCACACUGUAGGGAUACAACGGUCUUUCCCUGAACGUCAACUGUUUACUAAGUAAUCAAAAUUUCUUCAUUACGGGGUGAUAUUGCUGGAGUUAAAUGGUCUACAAGGCUGUGCCUUCCUGUUGCAAUGGUGAUGAGUCACUUUUCACAUGUGUAACAAGUGGAGGUGGGUUCUGUUAGCAAAGAGCAGAAUGAUUUUUUUUUUUUUUUUUUAAAUGUAUUCAGAAUGGAGUUCUCACUGUGGGGGCUGACCAGGCUAGUCUCAUUGUGAAAUUUAUUUCCCUAUUUAGUUCGAUUGUAGAAUUGCCAUAAUUCUAACUAGCUAGUGCUUUGUAGCCCUGCUGACCAGCCUUUAGUUUUUGGAUGUUCUCUGUACUGAUUUGAUGGCCACAGUUCAGGUAAUGACUGUUCCAUCAUUGCCAAAGUUUCUUGUUCCAUGUUGUGCAGGUUUAUCUGUUUGGUUUUGCUGGUAUUAUUUUGAAUCAUUGUGUAAGUACAACAAAAAUUUAUUCAAUAUUUGCCUUUUAUCAUAUUUUUUUAAGAAGUGUAUUAAAUUGUAUCCUUUAGGUCUUUUAUUUAAGGUUUUCCUCAAGUCAGUUAUUUUGUUCCGCUUUUGUUUGGUUAAGUUCAGGACUGAAUGAGGUAUGAUUGCAUAGGAAAUGAGAAAAUUAAAGGGAAAAGCAAGUGACAAGAAAUAAUUCAGUAAUGUAAAGCAUGAUAGUAUAUAAAUAAAUGCAUAAAUUAAAGGGUUUUCCAUCAGUGAUUGCUUGAAAAUGGUGUGUGUGAAAGUCUCUACUGCCUGAGAUGUUAUAGUGACACUGAAACAUAACUAAAUAAAGGAUGUGAACUAUGA